AUGCAUUUGUCAUCCUUAUGGUCAUUUUCAACCAAACCGGGAAGUCAAAUGCGCCUCAUUCAAUAUGUUAAUCUUCUGUACAGGCGUUGGUCGUAUUUUAUAGCCGAUCAUAUCACUGCUUCAAUUGUUAUCUCCGUUUUAAUAUCAACCUUAUGUAUCUUCAAAGUCAUUACUACACCUUUUAAAAAUGAUUUAAUGGGUUUUAUACCAUACGGAGUACGAUCACGUGAGGAAUACGCGGUACAGGAACAGUUCACCAAUCAUAGCGGUAAAGGAAUUCUUUUAAUGGCUCUUAUCGUUGCAAAAGAUGGUGGUUCAAUGCUAAGAGCAGAAGUGCUAAAAGAAGCUGUUGAAAAUGGUUUUGAAGUGCAAUUAGAACGGUUUCGAGCUCAUCAACCAUUAAAUGAUCGAAUAUCAUUGAAUUAUCCCAUUUCCAAAAUAUACAGCCGAGCUUUCAACAUACAGAUGAAUUUCAACGGAGUAGAAUUCAAAAAUGAUACCCUAAUAAUGGAUAAUACGAUGAAUUCAACUACGGAAAUCAUUAAUUAUGCUCCAUUUAUUACAAAUAUGAUAUCGGCGAAAAUGAUAAGACUUAUGUAUCGCGGAGAACGAGUAGGCAAUUGGACUGUUAAGCAAACGCAACAGUACGAAUUAAGCAUUGUUCGUUAUUUUCAACAUAAUUACAUGUCAAAAUAUACUCGUGUGCUGGUUGUGUCGUUUGAGUACAUCGAUUAUGAGAUGUCUCGUGCCGGUUUAAGUAUAUUACCGUAUUUUGUUGUCGGUUUCGGUAUUAUGUUCAUUUGCUCAGCAAUAUCAACAACGAUCAGUGCAUUAUAUAUGCAACAAAUGAGCAUUUAUAAGAUUUAUUUGACCUUUUUUGCUUGUAUUUGUCCUUUAAUGGCUAAUGCAACAGCCAUCGGAUUAUUGUUAAUUAUUGGAGUACGACAUGAUGCCAUCUUAUCUGUAACACCAAUUCUUACUCUUGCAAUUGGUGUUGAUGAUGCCUAUUUGAUGAUACACGCAUGGCAACGUAUUACGAGAGAAUGCAAUUUACAUCCUAUCAAAGAUGAUUGCGUACCGUAUCGUCUUGCACAGGUAUUAGAAGAUACUGGACCAGCAAUCUUAAUAUCAGCCUUAACGAAUAUUCUGGCUGAUACAGUUGGCGCCCUAACUAGUUCACCAUCCAUCACAAUACUAUGCUUUGGCAAUAUGGUAUCCAUUUUUAUGGAUUAUGUUUAUCAGAACUCACAUAAUUUCCGUGAAUAUGCGCAGAACAUUUGCGCCUCUGUGCUUGAAGGCUACGUCACAUUAGUCACAAACAAGAUUUUUGCUAUCGGUGUAUUUUGUUCAUGGAUUCUUCUGACCAUAAUUUCAAUUUAUGGAAUGACUAAAAUAAAAAUUGAAUUAACAUCGGAAAAAUUAUUCCCGUUGGAUUCACCACUUAUUGAGUUGAACAAUCUGCUACAAUGGUACCAAAUACCUCAGCACACUAUGGCACAGUUUUACGUGAACAAUCCUGGAAAUCUAUCAGAUGUGGAUCGAUUACAACGUCUCAAUCAAAUGGUUUCUGAAUUGGAACUUAUGAAUGGUUCUUGGGGUUCAGAGAGUACCAAUUAUUUCAUUCGUGAUUUCAUUGAUUACGAAAGACAGUUGAAUGAAGCAGAUGUUAAUUAUGAUCCAAUGAAUGCUUCUGUUGUACUGAGAGAAGAUGAUUUGUCGAUAUUUUUAGACUGGCCUGAAUAUCAGAGAUGGCAUGGUUUUCUGAUUCUCGAUGAAACGACUGGUCACCUGCUAAGAUUUUUCUUCACAACCGCUUAUUAUGGUGAAAAUUUGAAGAAUUGGCCGGAGAGAGGUGUUAUGUUGAAUAAAUGGCGCAACAUUAUAGAUAAAUACAAAGAAUUCAAUGUAACCGUUUUUGUGGACGAUGCAAUAUUCUUGGAUUUGAUUGAUAAUAUGACAACUGAUGCAUUACAAUCAGCGCUUGGCAUUUUACUUUGCAUGGCAUUUAUUUCCUUCAUUUUUUUAUACGAUCUUUUUACAGUGGCUGUUAUAUCGGCUGCUAUUAUUUCCAUUAUGACUGGUAUUAUUGGAAUAUUGACUUUAAUGGGUUUUAAUUUGGAACCGAUCAUGAUGGCUGCGAUGUUAAUUUCAAUGGGUUUUAGUGUUGACAUACCAGCUCACGUAGCCUAUCAUUAUAAUAAUAGCGGAACAACAAGUAAGCAUCGAUUAACAGUAAAGGAAAAGUUACGAAUAUGUUUUGCUUCCGUAGCACUUCCUGCAUUGCAAGCAUCGAUAAGCACAAGUUUAUGCUUGCUUGGCCUUUUUUUUAAAGAGCUCUACAUAGCACAGGCUUGUUUUGCCACUUUUCUUUUGUUUUAA